AUGAGGAUGUCCCUCUUUCUCUUUGCCGUCUUCUUCUUUCUGGCCCCAGUGAGAAGUGACCUCAAUGCAGACAGGAUACAUGGCUACGGGACUUCUCGCUGCUGGAGGAAUUGUAAAAGACCAGAAUUCAGAACUGGAAAAUGCCCCAACACCUAUCCGUGCUGUUUGAAAAAGCGGACCGUCAACUCAUUGAAUCCAGUGAAAGACAGAAACCCAGUGGAGCCUGGUCCCUAGAAUU